AUGACGUCACACACUUUAUUGAGACUGGAUCGGGAGGCUCAGUUUGCACGGAGCAGUCAACUCACAGCUCUGCUGCUUCGGACACAUCAACACCAGAAGGUACUGUGCAUAUUCGUAUAUCUAUCUAUUGCAGGUCUGAGGACAAUGAUGGACAUAAUGGGCGUGACGCCUUACUAUGACAUAAACACUUCAGAUGCCGGCAUCACAAACGGCACAUUCUACGAUGACGAGGACGAAUACGACUACAAGGACGACCACGCCGAGCUGAGGCAGUCCCUUAAUAUCAUGUCUCUCAUCGUCUAUUGCUUGGCUUUCGUGCUGGGCGUGCUGGGCAACGGCGUGGUGAUCUGGGUCACCGGAUUCAAGAUGAAGAAAACAGUCAACACCGUAUGGUUUCUCAAUCUCGCCGUGGCCGAUUUCCUCUUCACCGCCUUCCUUCCCUUGAGCGUGACGUACACCGCCAUGGAUUUCCACUGGCCCUUUGGCAAGUUCAUGUGCAAGCUGAAUAGCACCAUCAGCUUCCUCAACAUGUUUGCAAGUGUCUACAUACUGAUGGUAAUCAGCAUCGACCGAUGCGUGUCUGUGGUGUGGCCCGUUUGGGCUCAGAACUACCGCAGCGUGCAGAAAGCAUCCUGCGUAAGUGUGGGUGUUUGGGUCCUGGCGCUGAUUCUGAGCACUCCGUACUUCAUCUUCAGGGAUACUGGACCGUCGUACAACAAUGAAGAAAUCAUCAACUGCUUCAAUAAUUUUGCCUUCUCCGAUGAUUAUGUCACACUGCAUGUGACCCAGCUGCGCCACUUCCGACAUCAGGCAAUGACCAUGACUCGCUUCUUUCUGGGAUUCGUCGUUCCCUUCACUGUUAUCGUUUCCUGUUACGCCGUGAUUGUCCACCGAUUGCGCAGGAACAGGACCUUGGCCAGCCAAUCGAGUCGCCCCUUCAAGAUCAUCGCUGCCGUCAUUGCUACUUUUUUCCUGUGCUGGGCGCCCUAUCACAUUCUGGCACUAAUUGAGUUGGUCAAUCACAUGGCUGAUUAUGAGAGUGAGAUAUUGGAUCAUGUCAUCACUAUCGGUGUCCCCAUAGCUACCAGUCUAGCCUAUCUCAACAGCUGCCUUAAUCCGCUGCUUUAUGUGUUCAUGGGACAAGAUUUCAAGGAUAAAGUGCGUAAAUCCAUCCUGAAAGUACUGGAGACUGCUUUUCAGGAAGAGAUUUCCCGCUCAUAUACCUUUACAAACUCAAUGGUCACAAGUCGAAGCAAAGACAAGUCCCUAUCUGAAGCUGAGGUAUAA